CUCAGGACGGACUCCCAGUUAUAGUUGUGGUUGAGCGUGUAGGUGCUGAUCUGCCCCCUUGGGAUUCUAAAUAAAUAAUAAGGUUUUCGAAGUUGCACAUAAGCUUUUAUCACUAUUUUUUCUAUGGAAGAGGCUCCCCAAGGGACAUUCCAAGAUGAACUGGAGUGGUGCAUCUCCCAGCUGGAGACAGGCCUCCUCCGUCUCAAUCCAACUCCAGAGCAAGCAGAAGAGUCACAGCGCAUCCUCAGAGUGCUCCGCUCGCGCAAAGCUCCUUUUGUGAAAAAGCGGCAGGUGAUGUGCCAUGUCUUCGGUGACUACCGGCUCAAGAUGGCCCAGGAGAGGAAGAGAGCAGCCACCGCAGGGGUGAAGUCUGAAAAGGUGCAAAUCCAGCCCGGAGAUGCUUCCACUUCAGGCAGUAUGGUGUACAGGAAGCAAUCCAGCCAACCCUCUAAGACAUCAUCUUGGUUUACUCCAUCUAAUAAUAGCUUUCAGUUUGGUUUUGUUAUUCCUGAGAGAACUCCAGAAGAAAUAAACAGAACCAUAAGAGAAGCACAUGAAGUGGGUAACUCCCAAGAGCCAUCAGCUACAAACAGUUCCUCCCCACAGAAGGACCAAGAUGGGAUGUUACACUUUUCCACUGAAACUCAAGGGCCAGAGUUUGCUUUCAAUUUUAUCAUCCCCAAUGGUCUCCCAUCUCCUGCUGCUGCUGCAGAUCCAAGGUUGGAGGAUGCCGCAAAAACAGUCCCAGAAAGAGAUGCUCCAGCAAGAAAAGCCACGGAGUUGGUGGGGAGUUCAGUCUCCCCCAAUCCUGAUACAUUGGAUACCUUAAGCAAUAGAGAUAAAAGUGUUGAUGACAGUUCUUCACUGGGAGCUGCUCAAGGAGCUGUAACGGAGAGGAAAGAAAUUACGUGUAAAGAAACAAAUGCUGCUGCUGCAGCUUCUGGUGGAUCAUCCAAAAGAAGAAAAAAGAGGAAGAAACAACAGCCCUCAAAGGAAGAACCCAGCAAAAACCUAAGUGAAGAUAGCAGGUGCCGCAUUAAAGGCACACCUGACCAGACUGAGGUGUGCCAGCAAUCAGAUGCGCAGGUGAAGAGGGAGGUGGACUGGUGUGUGGAACAGCUGGAACUGGGGCUAAAGACUCAGAAGGCGACUCCAAAGCAGAUGGACGAGGUGCUGCGAGCCAUCAGGACCUUGCGCAGUGAGAAAGCCGUGCUAGCUAAGAAGCGCCAGAUCAUGCGCGUCAUGUUUGGUGAUUAUCGGAAGAAAAUGGCAGAAGAAAGACUGAAGCAGCUGAAGCUGAUGCAAGCAGCUUCAAAGGCGGCUCGUAUUACAGAAGUGACCGAAGAAGCCUGCAGAAAGAGUAGCAGGGUUUUCAGGAAAUCUGUGCAGGCGGUCAGGAGAAGUCAAAGCCCCAAGCAGUCCCUUCGCUGUCAGCCUGCCUCCACAAGUUUGCCCAGAGCAACUGCUGCUUGCCCUUUUACAUUCACAUCAUCGCAAGAAGAGUUCUGCUUUAAUUUUUUUUGAGAACGUUGGUUGAACGGUGGUGGAUCGAUUUUCCUCAGGUGCUGUGAAUUCUGACAAGAGAUUGCUUUUUAAAAAUUUUAACCUUAGCAACAGAACAGUUAGAUGCAUGGCUGAAUGGCAGAAAAAGCUUAACCAAGGGCCUGGGAAAAGAGGGGGCGGGACAGGAAGCAGGUGUGGCAUUCUGCUUCCAGCUUACCCCGGUCUCUGCUUUUUUCAUCAAGGGGUGAUUUUGCUCUUUCGGUUACAGUAGUAAAAUGGCCGAAUUGAUCUGCAGACAGAGGGAUGAAGGAAAAAUAGGAAGUGGCAAAAGGAAUGAGUUUCCUUGGGAAGAUGGAGAUGCCUCUUUGUACUUUUGGAAAGUUCUGUUUGAACUACAGAAUCAGGGAGAAGAAAGGGGGAAGGGAACAUAAUGGAAUCUGUAUCGACUGAAAAACUACAAGUCUCAAUAAAAAUGUUGGUAUGUAUA